CUUUGGACCAUUUUGAAGAUCACUAUAAUGCCGGCACACUGCGUCUUGUUCAGUAUGCUCAAGGGUCUACCCUACUUCUCGCUUACUAAGUAUUCAUAUAUCCGAAGCACAGACUCUUUCUUUCAAGCUAAAGUUGCUCGGGGUUAUGACAUGUACGAGUGCCUCGUGGAAGGGUACCCACUCUCAAAGAAACGAAGAGAGAAACUUCAAAGGCAACAUGUACCAAGGCUUAAACAUGAAGAUGACAAAGAAGCUGCUUCGUCAGAUGCCAUGGAAGUGGAAGACAAAUCCAGCGUAGACGGUCUUGUUUCAGCACUGUCCACGCUAACUACCUCAGACACAACUCCUUCGAAUGUCAGCUUCGGUCGACGCCAUGGUCGUGGGCUGACCUUUGUUCCACGGUCUGUUCAUAAGGAGAAACGGACCGAAUCUUCGUCUGCACCAGGGCCAACGAAUUAGUCAUGGUCUUAUAUAGUUCCUCCUAGUCUGCGGUAAGAUAAUGAAGAAGAAAAUUAUGUACCAACACUGUUAGCUGCCGAGUCCUUUUGACGAAUGCACUUGAGUAACAAACGAUCAAACGUUAU